CAGCUUGACAAGAUGCCACUUCAGCUGAUGUGCAAAGGGAAAGUAAAUUUCUGUGAAAAGUUGUCCGUAACUGGAGGCUGAGGAUAGUACUCCAGUAAUAGUACUUUGUUUCCCUCUAAGAAUUGCAAGAGAGUUAGGUGACACAGUCAAACCAUUACAAGUUCUCAAUUGCUUGCUUUUGGUAAGAAGUAUGACUUCUGUCAUAAAGACUUAGCUUGCUCUUUUUUUUUUUAAUAAAAAUAGUGACUUAUGAGAGAAGGGGGUACAGUAAGGAGAGGAGAUUAGAAAUUAAAAAAAAAAACAAACAAUGAGGCUUUGUUCAUUAAAAUAACAUGAGAAUAAAGGGUAUCAUCUAGUCAAGCACUUUCUAGGUUGCUUAUUUUUCCUCACUGUGUAUGCUAAUUUAGCAUCACUUCUAGCCAUUUUGUGUUGGAACCUAUUAACUGCCUGUCAGUAGCCUGUCAGCUAUUGCAUCUCAUUUCCAUUUUUUUGUUUAUAUUUGUUUUUAAAGAAUGUCAAAAUAUCCUGCAUUUUAGUGCAAUAGUAAUGCUGUGGAGAGGCAGGAGUUUACAGAAUACAUUGAGUGGCAAAGAAAAUGUAAACUUUCAUACUUAGUUGUCCCAGUUAGCUAAGUUCUUGGAGGUACAUCUUUACACUGCCAUUCAGGUGGUAAACAUUACAUCAGCCCAUAAAAUGUGAGAGCUCUGAUUUAUCAAGAGCCAUAAAAGCAUUAAGGCUGUUCAGAGUGUGUAGUAUUUUAUUCAUAUUGGUGUUUGAGAAUUCUGUCUCAAAAUACAAUUUUUCUUAAUGAAGGAGAGAGAAAACUUCUGUGUGUGUAGAAUAUAUAUAUAUAUAUGUAUAUAUACACACACACCCAUUCUAAAGGUUAGAGGAGUGGAUAAACUUCUUAAAACUUGUUUUUACUGUUAAUAUACAGUUUUUAUUUUGAAGAUAGAAAAAGUAGGAUACAUGCUUUUGCUUAACUGAUCCAGUAGUUUCAGUUUGUUUCUGCAAAGAUCUUCAACACCCAUUAUUUAUUUAAGCAAAGCUUUCAGUUUUUACACUUUAUUUGCUGGCCUUGUUCUUAUAAUUCUCAAGAAAACUGACAAGAAAAAUUGAGGAGAGCAUAUUUUUAUUGAGGUAGAGUGACUGAGAAGAUGCAUCUUAUCCUCAGAUUUUAAAGUAACCUCUGAGUGCCUUUUGAUAUAGCAAGUGACUGCAGUCAGGUGUUGGGAGAUACCACCUUUACUAGAUUGUUAGAUCUUCAAGUGGGAAGAGGAAGAAGUAGUUUGAAAAAUAAAUGUGAAAUGUGAAACUGGAUUCACUGGAUAUAAAAUAGAACAUGCUUAAAAAAACAGUAAACAAUCCUGAAAUAUCAAAUACAUGGAGAGGAAAAGGUUGGGGGGGGAAGGUUAGCGUGCACAGUUGCUUACAGUGUGUAUUCACGGGAGAAAUUAUUUACUGUUGUGAGAUUUAUUUACUGGGCUAUCAGUCUUCCAUAGCAGUGCAAGAUUUCAGUCAGAGGAAGGGUUUACAUUAAUGAACAAUCCAAACUUUUUUGUAGUGUCCAUUCAAGUAGACUUCUAUUUACUUGCUCACAAGAAGUUUGGUAGAUAGUGCUUUGGUGUUUGUUACAAUCUUUCAAACUACUAAUUGAUGAAUUCAAUUUUUCACAUUUUAAGACAUACUAUUUUGAAAACAGUAGAAAAAUAGGUUGUUAAUAAUUUGUCUUUACAGCAGUUCAACUUUUGUCUGCCGAUCACUAACUCUCAUAACUGUAUCUGCUAAAUGUUGGCAGAGGUUGUGAUUCUUUCAGUCUUACAAUUAUUUUAGUGAGAAAAGGAAGACCAAGCAAUGAACAAAGUUAUUUACGUGCAGAGGGGCAUUAAAAUUAAGUAAAGUGCAUGUGUGUUUUUAAGAUUUAAAUUUUGUUUUUACACGUACAAACCAGUGUCAGGAAAAGGCCUGAAUCAUACAAUUCCAUUGUAUACAUUUCCGGCUGUAUGUCAGCCUACGGGGAAAAGAAUUAUCUAAAUGAACGCUGAUUGAAAAAGAGCAGCCUGUCAACCAUGCUCUCAAGACUUGCCCAACUUUAGAAAAGCUUAGAGAAGACUGAAGGGAGCAGGCGUGGCUCCAACGGGAGUAGGUGGAAGAGAUUAGGAAAGCAAUUAACUCUUAUCCUAAGACCUCUACCUUCUAUGUCGUUCUUAUGUUAUUCUUUGGAAUUAUUUAUAUACCUAUAGCAUAUAGGCAGAGAAGGCUGUAACAGACCUAUGACAUUUGCAUAUAUAAAAUUUUAGUUUAUUCUUACUUAGUGUCAUUGAUACCCAGUUUAGCAUACCAGCCAUUUUAUGCUUGAAUACUACAUGAACUAAUGACAGCUGGCGGUUUUGGCUGGUUCUCUGGGCGCUAGCAGGAUGCAAAUAUGCACAUGUUCAAAGCUUUGCUCAGGUUUCUGAAGAAUAAAUUAAAAAUACUCCUCGUCUAGUGGAAGUUUCUAAAAUUGUCACUCCUUUUGCACAGGUUCAAAUACUGUUUCUCCUGUGGGACGUCUGAGCUGAUAAGACUGUUUUGGCAUAUUUGGUCAUUCUGUUGAGAUGUGCUAGUUGGGGAAAUACAAAGCACAUCGUUUCUUAUAAAUUUGUUCAGUGAAAACCUUCCAGAAGAGGUAUCAACACAGAAACCAACACACCAAUUUCCGUAAUGCACUAUCAACAUUGCUUAGAAAUUCUUGUUGGCGAUAGCAGGGGAACGCUUUAUUUUCCACAACGCAGACAUCAACCCAUUUUCAUCUGCGCACGUGUGGCCACGUGGGCUUUGCCAACACUUUGUGGACUGCAGCGGGGCCGUCGUUUUGUCCACAAGCGAUAACGUGCAUUUCUUCCGCUUACCUCCCGACACUGGUUCUGCUCUGUUUUGUGCGCUGCGUCCUCACUAGAGAGCUUCAUCCCUGGGAAGCUCUCGCCUUCCGCUUCGUCGCCCCGUUCUGCCCCGGCUGAGCCCGUCGCGGCGCUGCGGCACGGGCGGAAGCGAGACAGCGUUGAUGACGAGAGGCGGUGUCGCCCCAGGCCUGGGGGACGCGUAGCCAGGCGACCGGACGCUGCGCGCGGGGCUGGAGAGGGCGCUGCCGCUGCACUGCGACAAGGUGUAAGCAGCGAAAGAUGAGUCGUGGUUUUUCAGAAAACAAUAACUUUCCAUAUGACAACAAUCAAAUGGUUUUGGAUAUGAUCCUGUGUUCCCUAAUUGGUGUUUCUCAGCCUAUCAACUGGGACAGCGUGGCAAGGCUGGUUCCUGGAUAUACAUCCAAAGAGUGUGCAAAAAGGUUUGAUGAACUAAAAAGCACUGGAAGUUCACCUGUGGACAACCAGUAUAAUCCCUUGAUGGCUGCUGGUGAGAAUCCUGUGGAAACUUUAGCUGUGUACAUCAAAUCCUCCUUGCUUGACACACGGACAGAGUUUCAAGACCCUGCUAUUGGGCAGGAUUCCAUUACUAUAACUGGAAGGCCCAGCACAACCUCUACAAGGAAUUGUUCUUCAGAAUCUGACAAAGGUUCUGCGCAUAAAGGUGAAGAAAGCAGUGACGUAAACCAGGGGCCAAAUAUGGUGAUACAUGUGUGUGAUGAAGCAAAAAACCUCAAAGAAGAUUUUGUUUGUCCUCGAGAUCUUUUGAUUUCCGAAAUGAAAUACUUUGCUGAAUAUCUAUCAGUAGAUGCCCAGCGCUGGGAAGAAGUGGACAUUUCAGUGCACUGUGACGUUCACAUCUUUGACUGGUUGAUAAGAUAUGUUAAAAGGAACACUAAAGAUGGUGAAGCUUAUGAAAUCCCUGCAUUAGAACCAGCAAAUGUCAUAUCAAUUCUUAUUUCUUCUGAGUUUUUGAAGAUGGAUUCAUUAGUAGAAAAAUGUAUUCAUUAUUGUCACAAAAAUAUGAAUGCUAUUGUAGCCACGCCUUGUAACAUGAAUUGUAUCAAUGCUAAUCUUGUUGCACAUAUUGCUGAUCUUUUUACUCACAAUGAACUGGAAGAGUUGAAGGACAAGAGAGAUAAAUUUAAAAGUAAACUUUUCUGCAAGAAGAUUGAGAGACUGUUUGAUCUAGAGUACGUAAAUCCAGAUUCUCGAGGAAAUGCAGCUACCUUAUACAGGUGUGGUCUUGUUUUUGUUAUUAUUUCAAUUGUCCCUGUAAUUUGUAGUCUUGCUCUUACGCCAAUAUUUUAUCUUAUUUUUAAAUAUAGAUGUUGUUUAUGUAAAAAGCUGUUAACUAAAGAAACUGAAAGAAGAAUUCCAUGUGUACCUGGAAAAAUCAACAUAGAUCAACAUGGGAAUAUUGUCUAUGUUCAUAUAAGAGAUAAAACCUGGGAAGUUCAUGAGUACCUGAUUGGCCUUCAUGAAGAACUGAAAUCUUGGCAGGACGUUUAUUGGCGUCUCUGGGGGACUGUCAAUUGGUUGACCUGCUCAAAAUGUAACCAAUCUUUCCUGUGUACUGAAUUCUCCCAUUGCCAGUACCAUCCACAGCCAGUUCUUUAUCCAGGUGUAGCAAGUGCUCUGGGGUCAACUGGGACAGGAGUAUAUCCAUGUUGCAACCAGAAAGUACUUCGAUUUGAUCCUACUACCCUCCCAAAGGGCUGUAAGGUGAGGGAUCACAUGACUAGUUUACCUUCCAGAAAUGAAGAUGGGGACUCUUUGCCAUCUCAGACCACUAAAAUACUAAAUGAUCUGCUCCAUCAUAGAGACGUUAUUGUUGUUCCUUUUACUAAGGAUGAGAAUAGUGACUCUGGUAUUGGGCUCUGUGAUGAAAAAGGCAUUGAAUGUGAUAUGCUUGUAGAACCAAAUACACCGUGGGGUCCCAAAACUGGAGAAAUCAAUGCUUUUCUUUCUCUGAAGAACUGGACUUUACAACUGAAACAGCAGUCAUUGUUAUCUGAAGAAGAGGAAUAUACCACUGGCUCUGAAGUCACUGAGGAUGAAGUGGGGGAUGAAGAAGAAGUAUGCAGGAAACCAGGGAGAAAGGAGAAGCUAAAGAAAUUCUAUAAACACCCAAAGAAAGGGACUUCUUCACCUAGUAUUCAGAAAAAGGAGAAGCCAUCUGAGAAGCCAAGUUCCCGAGAUGCAUCUCCAUUCACUGUAAGCGUGCAGCAGAACAAAUGGGAUGCCUCCAGGUCACUAAGAUUCAACCAAGAUGCUCAAAGAGAAGAUGACCAGAGGAGAAUGUCUGAGAUUACAGGACACUUAUUAAAAAUCAGGCUGGGAGACUUUGGUCGAAUCAAGUCAAAAGACAGCAAAGAAUAUGCAGGAGGUAUUUAUUCGAGACUUGAAGCUCAGGUAAAGGCCUCAGCACAGGUCAAUGCACGACAAAUCAACACUGAGAAGAAUGCCAGGUCAAAAUCCCGUUUUGGUCAAGGUCGUCCUACAUAAAUACUCAUGGAAAAAAUUGUAGCCAGAAUACAUUACUACUUCCUGAAAUUGCAUGGCACUCUUGAUAUAUGGAGAAUGUGCAUCUCCGGAAGCCUUGACUUGAUAAGCAGUCACUUAUUUCUUUAAGCCUUGUACAUUACUGUGUAUGAUAAAUGAAUGCAAAUCCAAUAAGGUCUGUACUUACUUUAAUUGUAAAUAUACUAUUUCUUAAAUUUAAAUUUAGUUGCUUUUUAGGCUUUUGUUUUGAGUUGCGUAGAAAAUAUUUUAUAAACCUGCAAAUUUAACUUAUUCAACUAAGUUUUUUGGGGGGAAGACAUAAAUUUGCCUUCCAGUAUGAAAGAGAAAUACUGGAAAGGAAAAAGCAAGACUACUGAAUUCUGAAUACAAUCAGCAGUGUUAACAAAAGUCACCUGGAACAUAUGUAUGUUUGUUAUGUUGUAUUUGGUAGGACAUUUUAGGUCUGUCCUCUAGGGAUUUGCAUUUGAAGACAGAGACAGUACAGUAGCUGUGAAUUAGACUAGUUAAUGCAGAGUUUUAAUGCAGCUCUGAGGCUUCCUUCCAUACAACUACACAACUCGCAUUCAUGUGAAGGUGCCUAACAGAUGGAAACUAGACCUUCAGAGAUUGUUUAAAUGCCAUGUUGAUGGGGAUGUGAAGCAUUUGCUUUAUUUGUAUGUGAAGUUCACACUUACUCGCAUACCAUAUCUGAUUCCUCUUGCACAGUACCGUGUUAGGUUCCCUUCUAAUGCCCAGACAAAGCUGUUCCAUCUUUCAGUGCCAUACCACUAAAUUACUCAGCGGAUAUGCUAUUAAUUAGGCAUCUUUCAGUUCAAAGGAAUCAUUAUGAAGAAUUGUGCAUGUAGAUGUUUUGGGUCUUUUUUUUUUUUUUAGCCUGCCUAAAUAGUACUGUUUCGAAGUCACUUUCAAGUUCUGUAAUUGGAGCAAUAGAAUACGAGUUUGUGUGUAUGUAAAAUCCAGGGCUACCAAAAAGAAAUAAUUUGCCUAGAAAAUAGUUCACAUAUUAGCAAAGAGAUAGCAGUAGCUGAAUUCCAGUAAACAUAUUCUGACCUUUUUGAGACAAGUAGAAAGAGCACUCAGGGAAAGUUUGUUCUGGACCACAGCUGUAAAAUAUGAGUUUGGAGUUAAGUCUGCAAGAUAUUGGGCAAGGAGAGGGACAACAUGAUUGUAAUGCGUUCUUCGCUCCAUUCGGGCUUUGUGUGUUUUGUGGGUCUUCAGUGGGCAUUAGAAGAGUAGGAUUGCAAUGCUUGAAAAUACUGCUUUCAAGGUGGAAGAUUUUUUAUUAAAAUUUAAAAUGAAUGCUGUUUAUUCCUGUAUUUUGUCCAAUGCAAACUCAGAGCACAAUAAAACUAACAGGCAAAGCUGUGGAUUUUGCUGGCUUUGGUUUUUGGGCAGGAACAGUAUCCUUUGCAGGUGUGCUCCAAUCUGCAUUAAAUAAAUAAGGCUUUGUUAAUGUGCUAUGUCUGUUUGCAAGUAGUAAAGCAGCUUUAAGCACUUACAGUAAACAUGGGAAGACUGACUAUUGUUUUCUGAAGGAGAAAUCUGCAGAGAAAAAAAAAAAAAAAGCAAUAGAAUAAGUGUUUUGCUACAAUUCUGUGACUUCUGAUAGAGAAUAGAGAAUAGAGAAUUGUUCCAAAUGGUAAACUUUGCUAUGAAAGUUGCCAGCUUGUGUAUGUGUAUAUGUAUGCUUACUUUUCUUAGAACAACUAACCGAAAAUGGAGGGAAAAUGCUGGUUUUAUGUGCCAAUAUUGUUGUAUUUUUUCAAAAGUAUUUUGAGCAUUUAACAAUAACGUACAUGAUGUGCAGCCUUUUUUCCCCUCUUGUCAACCACAUUUCUUUUAAUUUUGUAUUAAUUUUGAAAUUGUCUUGGUUUAAUGGAAAUAAAAGUAAUCCAUUUAAGAGA